AAAAAUGGAACUACGAAGAGAAAGAAGAGGGAAUGAAGUGCAGCAGAGAAAUGGCUGUUUCCGGCACGGUUUCCUCCCAAUUCCGGUACCCACCGGCACAAAUCUACAGUAGAAAGAAAGACUCACGAAGACAAUCAAGACCACCGCCUUCCAUAUUCAUAUCCACAAACCCAACCCACGUGAACCCACUUCACCUCAGAGACCUGUACAGCCACUGCAACCACUCUUGCCACCGCUUCCCCAACCUCGGUCCCGACGGCGGCGUCGAUCCCGUCGACGUCGAUAAGCUCCGCAUCGCUCUCUCUCAUAGCUUUGUCGUCGUCUCUGUCUUCGCCAAAACCGAGGUGGAUUCUAAUUGUGGACCAUUAUCGUCGCCGGAGUUUGAUGAUUUGAUGGGCACCGGAGGAGAUUGGGUCCGGAGGGUGAUGCCCUCGACGCCCUCCAGUGGCCGCUUGGUGGGUUUUGGACGAGCUGUUUCUGAUUUGGGAUUAACUGCUUCUAUCUACGAUGUAAUGUGUCUUCCAGGUUAUGCCCUCAUUGCAAGGUAGAGGAAUCGGUCGGAGGAUAGUUCAAAGAAUUAUAAGAAUCCUCACAAAUAGAGGCAUAUAUGACAUAGCUGCCAUCUGCUUAGAUAAAGAGAGGUUAUUCUUUGAAGCAUGCGGAUUUGGAGAUGACAUACUGGGAUCCACUACAAUGAUGUAUACACGGGCUAAUUCUAGCUAUGCCAAGGGUGAUCAGUUGAGCAAAUGUGCUGGUAGAAAGCUCCUUUAAGUACCAAAUUCCAAGAGGAUUGUCUGGCUCAACUUUGCUGGUAGAAAGCUCUUUUCACCUUCCUCUGCUGAAGUUUGAGCAACAAAAUGGGAAAACUUCUGCAUAUCACAACUAGAAAUGUUGUUGAUUUUUGUUGUUGCCUUUUCCGAUCGAUUCCAAGCAUAGAAUGCAUUUUGGGGAAAGGAUAAAGAGAGGAAGGUGACUUCUAGUUUGGUCUGUUUUGUCAAUUUGAUUCUCAUUGUAUUAAUGUUAUUACUUUAGUCCCUAAAGUUUUAAUUUAUGUUACUUUGGUCCAUAAUCAAACAAU